AUGGGUGGGUUUCGUGCCGUUGAGGAUCGGCCAACCCCGAAAGAGGUGUAUAAUUGGCGGUUGUAUACCGAAGCUGCAAUCAUAGCGACGGGUUCCCUGCUUUUCGGCUAUGACGGUGCAUUCAUUGGGACAACAAUCUCUCGCGCCAGCUUUAAGAAAGACUUUACUAUUUUGCCGGCCGAUGCCAACAACAUCUCCAGUAAUAUCACAUCCGCGUUCCAGGCGGGUGCCUUUUUUGGUGCCAUUUUCUGCUUCUUUAUCACAGAGAAAGUAGGCCGAAAGUGGGCACUAUUCAUCUCUAACGUUGUAUUCCUUGUUGGCGCAAUUAUCAUGACUGCUGCUACGCACUCACUCGCCAACAUAUAUGCCGGUCGAGUGCUUACUGGUCUCGCUUGCGGUGGAAUAACUGCGACCGUUCCAAGUUAUAUCGCUGAGCUUUCUAUUCCCUCUAUCCGUGGUAUACUCACUGGUCUCUUCGAAAUUGCAUAUCAAAUCGGAUCGGUCAUUGGCUUUUGGAUCAACUAUGGAAUCAAUCAGAACAUGGAUGUAAACUCAACUGCCUCGUGGCGUAUCCCUAUGGCUAUCCAAAUCGUUCCAUGCGGUAUGCUACUGAUUGGAUGUAUAUUCCUUCACGAGAGUCCUCUUUGGCUCUUUAGAAAAGACAGAGAUGAAGAUGGAACUAAGGCGCUGGAAGAAAUUCGCCACAUUUCUCGAGAUCAUGAGUACUUGAAAGAAGAUGUACAAAUGAUCCGUGGCCGCUUGAUGGAAGAAAACAAUAUUGCAAGCAGAUAUGGAUCUGGAUCCUGGGCGCUUUUCCGUGGAGCCCUCUACGAAUUAUCACGGAAGGGCAUGCGAAACCGCAUCAUUUUGGUCUUUUGCUCCUUUGCGCUACAAAAUAUGUCUGGAGCUGCAGCCAUCAACUACUAUUCACCCACGCUUUUUUCUUCGCUUGGCAUCCAAGAUGUCUCUCUAUACACCGGUAUCUACGGUCUUGUUAAAGCAGUCGCUUCGAUAUUAUUCUACGUCUUUUUGAUCGAUAUCUGGGGUCGCAGACAUCCCACUAUCCUCUCAUCUAUCGUUUGCUCACUUUGUCUUUGGAUCAUUGGCGCAUACGUCAAAAUCGGGCACCCAGCCGACAUCAUCAAAGCCGGACAACAACUUUCAUCAUCUACCGCAGCUGGUGGAAGAGCAGCAACUGGCAUGAUCAUGAUAUAUUCCGUCUUCUGGUCCUUUGGCCUCAACGGUAUACCAUGGAUUGUUGCCGCCGAAAUCUUUCCAGGAGCCCUACGUAACUUUUCAGGAACUUGGGCAGCCCUCUGUCAAUGGCUCACUCAAUUUGUUAUUACAAAGGCCUUACCCUACAUCUUUACCUCUCUUGGUUAUGGCACCUGGUUCUUCUUUGCUUCUUGGAUGCUGCUUGCAACUGUCUGGGCAUUCUUCUUUCUGCCUGAAACCAAGGGCAAGACUCUGGAUGAGAUUGACAUUAUCUUCGGAUACACGGAAGAUAGAAGGGAGUUCUUCCCAGGACAAUCAAAUGGCGACGUUGUCAAGGAAGAUGCAGAGGUGCUCACGAAGGAUUAA